GAGGUACGACAUCAGCAUAACGCGCUGUGCUGUGUUGCUGUUUUUACCGUUUUCUUUCCCCCCCACACUGCGCUGCCCAUAGAGAAGUGGAAAGGAGUGUGUGGCGCACACAUCAGAGUGGAAGCUUUAGCAGUCCCCUGCAUCCCUUAUUCCGUGUGUCCCGUGUCGUCCGUCGGGUGUCCGUCGGUUGGAGUUUUAGGGUUGCAGUGCGCGGAUUCGAUUCCCCGAGCCGGCGGCUUGUUUGUUUUCCUCCGAAGGGAGACUUGAAUGGGCGAACAAGCGACGAUUUUGUGUUCAACUGAUAGAAGCUAAGUGAAAUGGUUGUGUUCUUUCGUGCAGUUAAUUAGACACCUAUUGUAGUCGAUUGCGUUUGGCUGAAACAAGUGUUCACGGCAAGCAUUGGUUCCAAACAUUAGCCCGUGCUGAAUUCGGUUGUUUUGCGUUUUUGGGGGAAAUUUUGCCGCUGCCGAAUCGUGGAAGGAUCAGUCAGUUGCACUGAAGCAAAACAGUUCAGUGAAAAGUUUCGCCCACAUCUGAAAGGCGAUAGCUAGGCAGGAGAGUGUGUGUGUGCGCAAGUGGUAACAAAAAAAAAACGUAGUUCAUUAAUUAAUUUUACUCUGUCGAGUGGAAAAUUAUAUGUAAAUUUGUUGCGGCCGAGCUCGCAAAUAAAAAAAAAAUACCUAUACGCGGAGAAGCUGAGGAGCCGCCGAGUGAGGUGAUGAGUAAAUAAAACAGAAGCACUGUGAAACAGUUGGAUGGUCGGUGAAAAGUUUGAUCGCAUCGAUAACGACAAGUGGAAACGAAACACAACACAGCAAGGCAAAAGGAAGCCCAUCGGGAAAGUCCCCGGCUCCACUAAAUCAUCUUCCGCCGUCGUUGGCUUUUCGGAAGAAGCAGUCGGUGAUUUGUUUCAGUGUGCAGUUGGAAAAUAUUAAAAUCAGAUGAUCUAUCCGAGAGGUGAAAACGGAAACAAGUGAGACAAACGUCGGCGUCGAGAGCGGAGUGAUUAUCGCUUUGGGCUUUGACCAAACAAGCAAAACAAGCAACGAAAAUUUAAGCCUAGAAAAUGAUCGUUUAGUGAGAAAGUGAUGUGAGCUAGCCGAGAAGCUUGUGACGAGAAGAGAUUUACAGUUAACCGUCGUCUUGCACAGAUACAUACACAUACACACAUACACGCACUGAAGCAUCCAGCGAAGCUAGGAAAUCUGAGAUUUGUUUUCGUUUCUCUAUUUUCGGUAGCAGCGCAGUUUAAAGAAAGAAAAAAAAAAGAAUCAGUGCGUCGUUUGUGACAAGUGCCCCCAGAAAGAGAGAGAGAGAGAUAUAGGGAGCGAGAAAGAUGCUUACAUGCAAAGCAAGUGCGUGCGUGACCCAGUAGUGCGCGGAUGGAUUAAGUGACGAGACGGAUUAACUUUUGACAUUCUUUUGGCUGUAAGAGCAAGGUUGCUGAAAUUCCCCCGCAGCCGUCGUGUUUUGGUGCUUUGAUCGCAGCCACCACCAUCGCCGCGCAGCUGCUAGAGUUGACCAAGUGAGACCGAGCGCGAGAGAGCGAGCUUCCAAUAAGGACCACGAAAUGACAAUUUAUGAUCUCAUCCACGGAGCGAGUGACCUGAGCAGCUGCCGUUUCGUCCCUCCCCAGUGAGAGACUCGCUACGACGUGCACCACCUGAAGACCAUCAGCUCAACGGAAAAUGCAUCACUGCCAUCAAUUGCUGCCACUGCCAACCGUCGUCGUCGUCGUCAUCAUCAUCACCAGCACCACCAAAGCAACCGACAACCGCCGGCCAACUGCGACGACUCGGCAACGACGUCAUUAAUUUCGAUAAACAGCAAACCUUCGCGGCCUGCUACGCCCCGAAACCCGACGCGUAUCAAUUUAAAAAACAUUUAAAUUUUCGUAAUCUCAAUCGGUCUUCGCUGCUUGGUUUUUUAUUUAUUUUUAUUUUUUCGAUCAAGCAAGUGGCAAGAACCGUUUAGUCGUUAUCUGGUGCAGCAUUUCGCAGCGCAAAGUGCAAUCGGACAUAUUUAUGUUGGAAAUCAUCACGAAUGGCAUAAUGACUUCAUCGGGCAUGGACAUAAGUGAAUCGUUUCGGCCUGAGGAUCUGGGAAAGACAGAUUUUUUCGACUUUGUUGGCGGUGCGGCCGCUGCGGAAAUGACCGUCAACGGAGCAACCGGAGGAGGAAGGGCGUCGACGGCGACGGCAACGACGACGACCGCAACGUUAACGGGCAGCACGGCGACAGGAGGACAGCCCAGUAUCCCGUCGGCGGCCGACCGACCGCCCGGCGGUCCGGGAACGGGUGGAGGCGGUUCCAAAAACGGCGGUCCGGAACCCAUUAAUGGAAGUCAGUCGACGGGCAGUCAGGCGGGCUCCGGGAGUGGCCCCAGCAACAAUAACAAUAAUGGCCCCGGCAGUAAUCAACCGUUGCAAGGAUUCGAUCAGUUUUGGGGACCGGACAAAGACGCCAACCGGCUCGACCAGUCGAUGUUCGACGACAUGAACCGCUACUGCUGGAUCCAGCAGCAGAACAACGGCCAGCUCCCGAUUGGUUCCAUCAGCAACUCCGUCACGGAUACAGAUGGACAGAUCUACACCCUGACGGUGCUGAAUGGCGGCCCGGAGCCGUGGAAGGAUCCAACCCCCUCGGAGCCACCCCCGCCGGCGUCCAACCUCGAUCUCGAAACCAUCCUCGGUGGCUUCCCGGGGUACGUCAAGACCGAAUGCUUUUCCUACGAUGACAGCGGCUUUGGCACCGAUCAUCACUCCAAGGAAGAUCCUCAACAGCAGUUGCUAUCUCAACAACAGCAACAACAGCAGCAGCAGCAGCAGCAGCACCUUCACCAGCAAGUACAACAAAUACCCGUCUCUUCGACAAACAUCGUGCUGUCCAACAGCCUGAUGGACCCGAACAGUGUGAUAGCCUAUCAGAACAACAACAACGAUUGGCAAAUGUCCGAUCACAAUGUGAUAGAGCACGAAACGCCCGAGUCCCUGCUACGGAGUGCCCUGCAAGGCAAAGGCUACACCAAGGGAACUGCCGUCCAGCUGCAGAACGGCAUCACGGUGAUACCGGCCGGUCAAAUCAAAGAGGAGGACCUCAGGCGAGUCCUCUACACUGGCGAAGCGGAAACGCUAGGCUACGCCGACUCGACUCUCGCUAAUCCCCUCUUCGAGGCUUCCACCCUCCACUCGCCCAACUCGAACCACCCGCAGCAACAUCAACCCCAUCCGGCCGGCGGUGCGGUCGGCGAUCUCGGCUCGGGCGUCGUCGUAGACGACAUGUUCCUCACGCUGGAGUCAACCUUCACCGAGGACUACGAGAAGCUGAAACGGAUCGCCACCGAGGUCCAGCAAUUCUGCACUGACAACAACAACUACACCGAAAUCAUCGUCGAAACCGCUGCCAUCAAUCACCACCAUCAGAAUCCUAGCCUUAUCAGUAGCAAUAACGGUAACAACAACCUAGUGAUAUCGAGCGUCAACAGCGCCAAUCAUCAUGCGAUAUCGACGACCACCUCGUCCGACGUGGUGACGACCACCUCCACAGCCAAGGUGAAAGCCCCUCGGUCAUCCAAGAAGUACAAGCGAUCUCUCAACAGCAACAGUGCAAACUCCACCACUACCAACAACAGCAACAACAAUAACAAUAGCUUACUUGCCAACAACAACAACAACAACAACAACACUAGCAUGAGCAACCUCAACACCACUUCGGCGUCGAUGCUCAGCUCAACCAACCACAGUAACAACAACAACCCAAGCCCGACGCACUGCAACGGCCAGCGGAAGGAACGCUCGCUGCACUACUGCUCGAUCUGUUCCAAGGGCUUCAAGGACAAGUACUCGGUCAACGUGCACAUCCGGACGCACACCGGCGAGAAGCCAUUUGCCUGUUCCCUCUGCGGCAAGAGCUUCCGCCAGAAGGCUCACCUGGCCAAGCACUACCAAACACACAUGGCCCAGAAGAACCCCUCCGGCAAUGUCAAGGCCAGCAAGACCAACCGAGCAGCGGCGGAACAAGCGGCAGCGGCUGCUGCUGCUGCUGCUGCAGCGCAACAGCAAUCCGGUCCUCCCCAGCUUUCACCUUCGCCCGUGCCGCAGUCAUCGCUCCUUCCGCCGCCAUCGAUCGUUCAACAGGUGCAAUCGGUUCCACAGCCGAUCCUCCUCAACACUGCCACCAUCGUAGCCGGUCGGUAAUCCCAUGCCGAGCCCGGUUCCUAACCUCGAACACUGCCCUCCCCACACACACACAGCCCGGAUAUCACAACU